UUUGCAAUUUAUCCACAAAAUCGAUUUUCAAUUUUUAAUUUCUGAAUUACAAAAUUUUAUCACUCCUAUUUAUACCAUCUCCUAUCCAAAAAAUAAAAUAAAAAAUUAAAAUCUCCAAUUUUUAUUUUCAUUUUCCAACAAUUAUUCGGCUUUUGUCAGGACAAAUCAAACUGUACAUAGCAUUAAAAGCUUGUACCAAUCUGGGAGAAUCUCAUUUCAGCCGAAACGAAACCCUAGAAUCUCAGCUCCAUCCAUGGCGAUCGAAAGCGAAUUGACUUAUCGAGAAACCAAAAGGAUCAAGACGACUCACCAAAGCCCCAUCCCAGCCGAAGAAGAUUCACAGCCGUUGCCGAACCUUCCUCAUGAAAUCAUCGUCGAGUUUCUCUCUAGAUUGCCCGUCAAGUCUCUGCUUCAAUUCAGGUCCGUUUGCAAAUCAUGGCUUUCUUUGAUUUCAAAUCCCCAAUUCGUGAAAACCCAUCUUAGUAUAGCAUCUAAGAUCGAUGAUUGUACCAACCAGAGACUCUUAUUGAGCUCUAUUUGUCCCCAUUUUGAUCUCAAGUCAUGUUCUCUUUAUUCUGUAUUGUAUGAACAAUCUGAUAAUGCUGUUGAACUUGAUUAUCCAUUGAAAGACCCUCAUCAUUCGGUUUGGAUUGUGGGUUCAUGUAAUGGGUUGGUUUGUAUUGCUAUUGAAGAAGAUUCUAUAUUUCUAUGGAACCCAUCUACUAGGAAAUCGAAGAAAUUGCCGAAUUCGGGUAUUAGAAUGAGGUAUGGUUGUUUUAUAAUAUAUGGGUUUGGUUAUGAUGAAUCCAUAGAUGAUUACAAGGUGGUGGGGAUCUUCUGUGUUUUUGGCAGUGGGGGUUCGUAUGAGAAUGAGGUGAAAGUUUAUGCAUUGAGGACCGAUUCUUGGAGGAGGAUUCAAGACUUUCCUUGUGGUAUUCCUUUGGAUGAUUCGGGGAAAUUUGCAAAUGGGGCGCUCCAUUGGGCUGCUAGUGGCGAUACUGGUUCGAGUCACUCUUGGGUUAUUGUUUCUCUUGAUUUGGCAAAGGAGACGUAUGGGGAGGUUGUGCAACCUAAUUAUGGUGAUGGUGGUUUUGAUUUGACAUUGGGUGUUUUAAAAGGGUGCCUUUGUGUGCUCUGUAACUUCCAAGGAACUCGUGCUGAUGUAUGGGUAAUGAAUGAGUAUGGCAUCAGAGAGUCUUGGAUUAAAUUGUUCGCAAUACCAUAUGUGACAGAUCCAGGGAAUUAUGAGUACUCCCCUCCGUUGUGCAUUUCAAAGAAUGGUGAAAUUUUAUUGGAAUUUGGAUCAGGUUUGGUUCUGUUCAAUCCAAAGGAUGGUACAUUUAGGAAUGCUGCAAUUCAUAACUUGUGUGCCUGUCUUGAAGCGGAUAUCUAUGUUGAGAGCCUAGUUUCACCCAAUCCUGACAAUGUGCUUCGAGGGCAACAGCAAUGACAAAAGGUCAAGCAAGGAAAAAUUACUCUCAUUAUUGUGUCAGCUUUUUCCUUCCAGACUACAUUUAAUCCACAAGGUGUUUGUACCAUUCUUCUGUAUCUUUAUAUAUGCAUUUGUGAUAUACUCAAUUUUGAUCUUGAAACCAUAAAAAUGUUUGCCAUACAAUGCUUAUUAACGUUUGUUUU